UGGGAAUUGACGUCAUUUCGCCGUUUUACACACGUCCGAAUCAAUGAGAGAGAGCGCGUGUGUGCAGCGCGCGCGUCGCUCUUCCUGGAAGGGAUUACUGUAUUAACGUGCGCGCCGCCGACAUGCGAAGGACAACACACACGCCGAAACAAAAGAAGUUUCUUUUCCACGCUAUGGAUCGGCUCAGCAGAUAGAAGAAGAAGAGGAAGAAGCAGAAGAAACAGCGUGCUGGCUUGCGUGACGAGACGCAACUUGUGCACGCAGUCCACGACACAUAUAGGACACUUCAAGAGGGAGAAGUUGACGGGAGAUCAUGUCUGAAUCCUCCUCGGCUGCAACCAAGCAGGAGAGGCGCUCUUUCAGUCCUUCCGCGAACCCGCUGCCAAACUCCACUUCCUCCCCCGUCCAUGCUCCCGCCGCCAGGCCAGCCAGCCGAAUGGAGGACAAGCCGGCCAGGCUGCCUGCACACCUGCGUUUGCAGCCGGUGUUCUGGAGCAGAGAGGAUGUGGCCCAGUGGCUGCGAUGGGCCGAGAAGGAGUUUGCAUUGCGACCAAUCACAAGCGGCUCUUUCCAGAUGAACGGAAAAGCCCUGUUGCUGCUCACUAAGGAGGACUUCCGCUACCGCUCCCCCCACUCUGGUGACGUCUUGUAUGAGCUGCUGCAGCACAUCCUAAAGCAGAGGAAGCCCCAUGUGUUCUACCCCUCUAGCUACUUCCCUGGAAACCCCUUCCACCUGCUGCCUGAAAGCACAGCGCAGCACCUGAAGCUCGAAGAAUUAAACGAGCUGCACAGCAGGAACAGCCCGAUUCAAAUCAGAGAAACGGUACGACGGGCGCCAUGUGCGACAGAGCCACUCCCCCAGCAUCCGCCCACCAUUGAGCUGCGACAUCGGUCACGUUCCCCGCACCAUCCGGCACCACGACAAUCCCCCCCAGAGCCAAAUCACCCACGGGCCGCCACUGAGGACCACCUGCAGACCUUUUCCCAGCUGCCAGACAGCAAUCACCACUUGCCCGAGGACGUGUACCCUCUGUCAGUUUCCCCGACUGCACCGAAUGGCCGCUGCGUGACCCCCAGAGAGGCGCCGUGCCCCGGUAGCCCUGGAAGCCAGGAGGCGGGCCCUCCUGGUGUCAUUCAGCUCAUGCCCAGCCCCAUCAUGAACCCUCUGUUCCCAAACCCAAGCAGGAGCGGUGGAGCCUUGGACUUCAGGCACAGCCGCGCUGGACCUCAGGCCAUGCUUGAGAACGGUCGUGAGGGGAAGGUGCACUCUCAUCAGAUGACCGCGGCCCAGCAGCCGCCACAUCAUAUUUUACAUCAGCAACAUCAGCAGGAGGAGGUCCUCUACAGGAACAUCAUCAUGCCUGUGUCUCCUCCGGAGGAGCAGCAAAUGCCCAUGGGGCGGAUAGCAGACUGCAGGCUUCUGUGGGACUACGUCUACCAGCUCCUGUCAGACAGCCGGUACGAGAACUACAUCCGUUGGGAAGACCCAGAAAGCAAAGUCUUUCGCAUCAUGGACCCCAACGGCCUGGCCAGGCUGUGGGGUAACCAUAAGAACAGGACCAACAUGACAUAUGAGAAGAUGUCCCGAGCACUCAGACACUACUACAAACUCAACAUUAUCAGGAAAGAACCUGGACAAAGACUCUUAUUCAGGUUCAUGAAGACCCCGGAUGAGAUCAUGAACGGUCAGACAGACCGACUGGAGCACCUGGAGUCGGACACCGAUGAACAAAUUUACAUCAAAGAGGAGUGCUGAGGAACUCUGGGAAAUGGAGUCCAUGAACUUUUACUACUGCAACUGCCACCGAUGCCUUUUCCAAGCAGCUUGAACAAUCACUGAUGAUGAACCUCAAAGGUCUCGGGCAUUUGCUGUUGUCAGUCACACCCACAUAUCUCCUUAAAAGGAUGCCUGUAGUUAAAAUGCAGUUUUGAUUUUUGUUGUCCCGGUUUUGUAAUUUUAUUUCUCAAUGAACUGCAAAGGCACGCCAAUCACUUAAUGCUUUCAUUUCUCCACAUGUGUGUGUGUGUGUGUGUGUGUGUGUCUGGAGUAAACAUCUUUUGAAUUAAACAGCACUUGUUUUUUGGGGAUAAAACGUCGAGGUGUAAUAUGCAGGAUGUCCACUUGGGGGCACUGGUGAACAAGUUUAUAUAUCAGAAGGAAAUGAGACGCGAAUAAUAUUGCAAAUAAU